UUAUAUUUCAUGCGAGGAGUCAAAAGAGCGUUAGCGUUAUUAUAACAAAGAAAAUACGGCAUCAAUUUUCGCUUGCAGUGUACAAACAUAUCAUCCAUCACAGGUACAGGAAUAUUGGUUCAGCCUUCGCUGGUGCAUAAAGUAACGUGCAAAUAAUAAAUAGUUUGCUUUUGCGAAAAGAAUUCGUAAAUAAAUAAAUACUAAUUUGUGCUCAUUGUUCAACAAUUAAUAGUAAAAGUAGAUGGCUGGUAAACAAUAAAUAGAAAACUGUGUGUAACGACGUGUCGUAAAGUAAAUGACAAUAAUAAAAGUUGCAUUAUUAUGGAUAUUUAGUAACUGAAUCUACAUAAACCAUAUACGUAGGUAGGUACAUAUAGUUCUAUUGUAUGACAUAUACUCAAACUUGGAGUGAAUUAUGUCUCUGCUUUUGUACGAGUUAUUUAGUAGUUGCGUCACAAAAUACAAAUCUAACCGCAACGCAACCGUGUAUCGAGUGUCUUUCUAACGAGUAAAUACGUACUUCAACCAAAAGCGGUACCAGGAGUUGGAGGAAAGAAACAUUCUUCUUAUUUUUUUACGUGCAUAUCUAAAUUAUUUAUUAGGAAAUUUGGUGUAAAUUAUAAUUCUCCGUAAAAAUGAAACGAGUCCAAGAUCGAUGGAAAUCCAUUUGUAAAGUGGGAUUUAUAACAUUAAUUUAUACCUUCGUUGUGAUAAUCUCUCCGGUACUGGUGGUGACCCUGUUGUCCCUGUGCAUCUACAAGUACGGGAUAUUGAGACUCGUGGUGAAAUAUUUUAAGCCAAAAUUAAUACAAGGACUGAAUGAAAGAGAUGCAUUUUAUGCGACGGAUCGCUUCUGGGAAGAUUCCAGAGCGAGUUGUGGUCUCAUUUUGGUCUUGGAGGGGAACGUCUCGUUGGACCAGAUACGAGAAAACUUUUUCAGUCAAGUAAUCGAAGCUAAAUCUUCCCCAUCCUCAGGAGGAGACGAGGAUAUCAAGCUAUUUCCUCGUCUCACCCAAAUUCCUCAAAAAUUUGGGGGUUACUAUUACUGGCAGAAAGCCAACUAUUUUCUGAUUAACGAGCACAUUCGACCAAUUGAAGCCCCAAUUGAUGAAAAUGGGCUGAAGAAAUUUGCUGGGACGGUGUUAACUCUGCCAUUUCCGAAUAAAAGACCACUGUGGGAAAUCCUAGUCAUUUCGUCGUAUUCUUACAAGAAACUUCACCGCAACAGCACCACGGACACUGUGAGUUUGGGAGAAAUUGAAUGUUUUGAUGAUGAUAAGGCUCCCCCCUCUUCUGCAAAAUAUUCAGCACUUGUGAUACGAAUGCAUGCAUCAAUUGCAAACCAUGACUUGAUGAUGAGGAUGGUCACGUUAUUGUGCAACAGGAAUACUUUCUCUUUGUACCCUCUCAAACUUCCAGACUGUGUGAGUACUGCGAAGGACAGUGACAGUCUUCAGGGGUCAAAAUGCUCUUCCUCUCUUCCAGCUAACCGUGAUAAUCCUGUGAGUUUUCUGGACAAAAUCCGAGCACUUUUCAAAACCCCCCAAAAUAUUCACGCCUUCCUCCAAUCAUUUCUUCGAAAGCCUUCUUCCCAUCUUUACUCUUGUGAUAGUAACUCCACGACCGUCUCAUGGACGACGCUUAACUACCCUGUGAUUUCAAAAAUUGUACAAAGCCAAGUUGUAGACCGUCCCGCGGUCCUUAUUUCAGUCAUUGUGGGAGCUUUAACUUCAAAUGGUGUCGGAUUCCUGCUAGAAACCCACCAAACUCAGUACGAAACUCGAGAUUGUGACGAAGAAAUGAACAAGAGCAAGAAUAACAGUAUCGCAAUUAUGUGCUCCGUAGACAAAAAUUGUGUCAAAAUGUCGCCACCCCAUCAGAAAUGCGAUGGGGAGAUGGUAUUUCUCAAAAGCUGUUGUGAAUAUUCCUCUCCUUCUGCUCGGAAUGAAACUGGGUGCAUAGAACUACUCCAAGAGGUCAAUCGGAAACUGACUUACGCUGUAAAACCGGAAGUCGGAAACCAACUUUCUAUUUCUUCCAAUUUCUUAAAGUUCCUAGCAAUUUUUCCACACUCGAUUGUUCGCUAUGUCAACUUUCACUGGCUUCGAGGAGCCACCAUUAUUUUUCAACAGUGCAAAUCUGAUCUGGGCGAAAUGCUGAGGGAAGCUCCAAAGCCGAGCCAGAGUUUGAGACGCAUUUCAGAAAUUCCAAAUGAUCUUAUUUUCAUUGGGGAUCAUCAAUUAGUGGAUGUCAUUCCGCUGCAUGGACUUCAAUUCAGACACAGUGCCAUUGGAGCAGUUGCCAUAAAGUUUCAGAAUUCCGUAAAAAUAAGCAUGACCAUUAACUCGGAUCUUUUGAAGGGAAUCUCAACAUCAACAAUGCAAAGAACUUCAUCAAUAAGUUCCUCUAAUCUCGUGGACAAACAAGUCAAGACUGAUCACAUCGUCCACAGCAUGGGCGGACAAGUGGGCAAGAUUUUCGAAGGGGGCAAAGAUGAACAUGGGUUCGUCAGAAUUCCAAUAAUGUGAAAACAAUUAAAGCUUAAAUUAAGUGAAGAUGAUGUCAAAUUAUAACCAUUUAUAUUCCAAUUUCAAAAUUAGCUUAUAAGGUAUACACAGCAACUUCUAUUUACGGCACCAUUUUGAUUUGACAAGUUGACUUGGACUUAUGUAUAAUAAUCAGAAUUUAAAGACUCAUCAUGUGAUUUUUACAAUACGACAAUAAAUUGUUUGUUAAAUAUCAAUAGUGAACAUUUUCUUUUGUCGUGUCCCAAAAAAAACAACUAAUAACAAGGAAGCUUGUUAAACGAUUAAAUAUUUUUUUCUUUAAAUAUAUAUUACAUAUGCAUAACAAACAAGUGUUACUUGUCGUAAAAUUAACUCGCA